CGUUGCGUGACAUCCCAAGAAACGGCUGCGGAGGAGACAUCUCCAAGCGACGCAGCAAGCUCUUUGAUCUUUUUGCAAACUUGCCCAGGAAAAUGUCGAGUGAUGUUGAAAGCAAGCAAAGUGGGAAAACGGUUCUAAUUCCUGUUGAUGGAAGCGAGAUCAGCAAGCGUGCAUUUCAAUGGUACUGCAACAACCUGCACCAAGAGAAGAAUGAAGUGAUCCUAGUUCACGCUAAUGAUAUGCCUCGGUCCAACAUCCCAUAUCUAUAUGGCUUCCCAUUUCCAAAGGGCUGGAAAGAAACUGUCGAGAAAAGUUCCGCAGAAUCUGAGCACAUUCUUCGAGCAUUUUUUGAAAAGUGCAAAGAAAGAAAUAUCAAGUGCAGAAUGUUUAUGGAGUCCGACAGUCCAACAGAUGCAAUCCUGCGAUUGGCUAAAGAAAAGCACGCUGACCACAUUGUGAUGGGAUCCCGUGGGCGUGACCCUAUCAGUCGAGCUCUUUUUGGGAGCGUCAGUUAUUUUUGCACCCACCACUCAGAAGUGCCUGUCUCAGUUGUACCUCCAGUUAUCCCAGAUGUGGAUGAGGUACCACACCCAUUGCCUUCCAUCACCGAUAGCAAGGAACUAUACGAGAACAAUUUGGGCUACAUUUAACAAACCUCGAAGGCUUACAGCUCCGAGAAAUUUCAUUGAAGCGUCUGAUGAAAAUACCUAGUGCGUAAUUUGAAGAAAAUGUUCUAAAAGUAAAUUUAUACAAUGAUAUUUAAUCCUGCCUUCGGUGAAUUCAGCAACUGAUUUGUACAAUAAUUGACGUAUUAAAAAAUAAAAGCGUUAAAUUUUAUGGAAA